AUGAAAUUUGAUGCUGAAAUAUUGCCCGAUAAAUACAUCUUAAAGAGGUGGACUAAGUCUGCAAAAUCGGGGACAGUGGUUGAUGAUAAAGGUAUGCAGAUAAGGCCUGACAAUUCUUAUAUUUUAACACGAAGUCAAUUUAUCCAAUCAUCUUUGGAAUUAGUUGACAAGUCCCUUGUAUGUGAAGAAACGAGGAAGAUGUUUACCGAUGGAGUGCGUAUCAUUAAUGAGCAAAUCGACCAAUUCAUUAGUAGCCACAUGGUUAGUGGCCGCACGGUUGCAAAGAGCUUCACCGAGAAAAAUAAUCAAAUGAGUAGUAAUUUAAUGGAUGAUGGUACUAGUGUGCAGGAUUCUUGUACUUUUCAAAAUAGUUUCAAUGAACCCGAUCAAGUGCGAGCAAAAGGGUGCGGCAAAAGGUUGAAGGGAGGAAAAGAGAAAGCAAUGGCUAGAGCAAAAAAUAAAAAAGAUAGACGUUGCCACGGGUGUGGUAAAGUAGGCCAAUCACACGAUAAGCGAAAUUGUCCGGCACUCACAAAUCCGUCUUCUACUUGCGAUGAUACAAAUUGGCAAGAGAGUAAUGAGUCAUCAAGUGAAGAUGGGGAUGAUGGGCUCCUAUGA